CCCGAGGCGGCCAUGGCGGCGGUGGCGGCGUUUGUGUCCCGCGGCGGGUGCAGGGCCCUGGCCUUAGGCUGCCUCCGCCGGCUGCACACCGUGUACCAGUCAGCGGAGCUGCCGGAGACCCACCAGAUGCUGCGGCAGACGUGUCGGGACUUCGCAGAAAAGGAGCUGAUGCCUCUGGCGGCUCAGCUGGACAAGGAGCACCGCUUCCCGGCCGAGCAGGUGAGGAAGAUGGGUAGCCUGGGGCUGCUGGCUGUGGAUGUGCCAGAGGAGUACAAAGGAGCAGGCCUCGACUACCUGGCUUAUUCCAUUGCUGUGGAGGAGAUCAGCAGGGGCUGCGCAUCCACUGGCGUCAUUGUCAGCGUCAAUAACUCUCUGUAUUUAGGACCAAUACUCAAGUUUGGCUCCGAGGAACAGAAGCACAAGUGGAUCACCCCCUACACCAGUGGAGAGAAGAUUGGGUGUUUUGCCCUCAGUGAACCAGGAAACGGCAGCGACGCAGGUGCGGCUUCCACGGUGGCACGGCUGGAUGGGGACGAGUGGGUUCUGAAUGGCACCAAGGCCUGGAUCACCAACGCCUGGGACGCCUCUGCCACCGUGGUGUUUGCGACUACGGACAAGUCCCUGAAGCACAAGGGAAUUAGCGCGUUCCUGGUUCCUAUGCCAACUGCUGGGCUGUCACUGGGAAAGAAAGAAGACAAGCUGGGAAUCCGAGCCUCUUCCACAGCCAACCUGAUCUUUGAGGACUGUCGGAUACCCAAGGCCAACCUGCUGGGACAGCUGGGAAUGGGCUUCAGAAUUGCCAUGCAAACUCUGGAUGGAGGAAGGAUUGGCAUUGCCUCACAGGCCCUUGGCAUAGCACAGGCCGCUCUGGACUGUGCUGUGGACUAUGCUGAGAAGAGAAUGGCCUUUGGGUCACCCAUCACAAAGCUGCAGGCAGUGCAGUUUAAGCUGGCAGACAUGGCUGUGGCACUGGAGGGUGCACGCCUGCUGACCUGGAGAGCUGCUAUGCUGAAGGACAAUGGGAAGCCCUUCACAAAGGAAGCAGCAAUGGCCAAACUGGCUGCAUCAGAAGCUGCAACAGCCAUUGCUCACCAGGCCAUCCAGAUCUUGGGUGGGAUGGGGUACGUGACAGAGAUGCCAGCAGAACGCCAUUACCGGGACGCUCGCAUCACCGAGAUCUACGAGGGGACCAGCGAGAUCCAGCGGCUGGUGAUAGCAGGGCAGCUGCUGAAGGCCUACCGUGGCUGAAGGUGCUGCCCCAGAGUGCCUUACGGCAGUGCUCAGCAGUGACUGAGGUUUGGUCCUCGUGACUGGGGCUAAUGAUGGAUGUUUCCUCACCAGUGAGUGACCCUCUAGUUAACAUGUGCUGAUUCUUCUUUGGACAAAGGUCUCUGCACGGGAGGCUGCGUUAGGGCUGUGGGGGCAGGAGUGAACCUGUCCUUGCAGGGGAGCACAGGCCUUUUCCUGAAUGUGGAGCCAUGCUUUUGUGGAGGCCUUUGCUGUUCAGGGAAAGCAGGAGCUCUCCUUGUGGCCCCCGUGCCCUGUUCUGGGCUGAGGUGAGGCUGCCUCCUCUGCACAGCCUUCAGUGAAUUUCAGGUGUGAGCUCCAGCUCCUGCAUGAAUCCUUGCAGCAGGAGAGGAGUCAGAUGCGAGGUAGUACCUGUGCCCAGGGGAAGCUCUUGUGUGGCCUCUGGUUAGCUGCCUCCAGACAAAAACAAAGGUCAGAAACAUGCCCUUGCUCCUGCCCUGCAGAGCCCAGCAGCCUGCUUGCUCAGCCACCCAUGGUGCAAAAGCAAAGGACAGAAAAGCAACACAGUGCCUGAGACUUUGGGUUUUGUUUUUUUUUUUUCAAACACCAAUGCUGCUCCCAAAGCCUCUUCUGCUAUGCAGACUACUGCCCCACAUGAAAGAAAGUGCAUCAAGUGCCAGCAACAGCCUUUAAUCUCUACAUCUUUUGAGCAACAAGGAGGAAGAGAACUGAUGACACAAAAACCUUACCAGGAAGCUUUAGUGGUAGCACAUAUCCUCAGUCACUGCUCUUCGGCAAGAAAUUAACUUUUAGAAGGUCCAACAACCAAAACAAAAGCUCUAAAAGCUGGAAACAAGACUACAUCCUCUCAGGUCCCCUUGUCCGAGGAGGAGUGCACUAAAUGGUUAUUGUGCCGUGAUGCCAUUUCCUUAGAGUUGUGUGGAGAAAAACACAGCAGGAUUCUGUUCUACAGAAGAGAGCAAAGGAGCCAAAUAAAACCUGACUGCUAAAGGA